AUGGAGACCAACAGGCCGACCGCCCCCUCACUGCCCAUGCUUAGCAUGUCGAAUCUCCACUCCCCGGAUGAGCCGCCACCCUUCACCGCUGCUCAAACGAACGAAUCGACGACCGCGAUCAUGCCCGCGCCUCGCCCUCACUCCAUGGCAAUUUCAUCGCAUACGCUCAUACCCGAAGAUAUGAACUCGAUGAGCAUGGAUAUGCCGACGAAUGGGAUGGAGGAUGCGCCGUUCUUCUCGGAGAACUACUUCACGACGCAGAACCCCGCUACACGCGGACUACGAAUGACGUACAUCAAAAUACUGGGUAUCCUGAGCGCGGUCCUACUCGUAUACAUGAUGGGUGUUCUGUCGAUCUACUGGGGUGCUCUCUAUUCGUCGCCUCAACAGGCGCACAAGCUCGACGCGUGGAUCAUCGAUAGUGACGGCGGCAUAGUGGGCCAAGCUAUCACACAGGCGUUCUUGAACUUCACUGGCCCAAGUACAUCCUUGAACUAUGUGGUCGCGCAACCGGCUCGCACGGACCCGGCCGCUCUGGAGGACUACCUAGUGAACCAAGAACGAGCAUGGCUGAUCAUCCAGAUCAACGCCGGCGCAUCAGCAAAUCUGACCGCUGCCGCCCAAUCAGCCGAUGCUACAUACAACGGGUCACUCGCAGUCACACUGUAUGGAGAUGAAGCCCGAAACGAGGAUGCAUACGAUACGGUGAUCCUCCCGCAGGCGCAAGGAAUCUUACAACAGACCGUCGAGCAGUUCGCAGCACAAUACGUCGCUCAGCUGCCCGGGCAGGGCGUCAAUGUAACGGCGCUAGCUGCACAGGCGCCGUCAAUACUCACACUGCCCAUCGGUUUCACCGAGCGUAAUCUACGCCCAUUCGAUGUUCCCGUCGCUACCGCCGUGGAGUUCGUCGGAUUGAUCUACUUGUUGGUCAUCAGCUUCAUUCUCUCGUUGAUCCACUGGGGAGCGCGUGUUGAGGCUACGCACCUCGAGGACCACCUCUCGUUCACGUCGCUCAUCGCGGCGCGCAUCGUCAACCCCUUUAUCAUCUACUUCUUCAUGACGCUCUUCUACGCCCUCAUCUCUCGCGGAUUCCAGGCGCCCUUCAGCCGCUUCUACGGUCCUGCUGGUUUCCUCAUCUACUGGAUGAUGUGCUGGAUGGGCAUGUCCGCGCUUGGGUUCGCGACGGAGUCCGUCAUCACGCUCACCACGCCGCGACUCAUCCCCUUCUUCUUGUUGAUCUGGAUUAUCAGCAACGUAUCCACCGCGCUAUUGCCCAUCGAUCUCCUGCCGGGCUUCUAUCGGUAUGGCUACGCCAUGCCAUUCUACAACGUCUCGCGCACAGUCCGCGCUCUUAUCUUUGGCACUCGCAACCAAAUUGGCUUGAACUUCGGUGUACAGUUUGCUUGGAUCGGUGUUUCUAUCAUUGGCAUCGUGAUCUUCCAGUGGAGACGCUUCACUGCCGCCAAGGCGGCAAGAGAUAAGAUGCUUGCUAUGGGAAAGGUCGUAUAA